AUAUGUCAUCCUCCAUACUCCUCUUUUCUUAAACUUUUUGUAUAAAUAGCUUAUACUCGUCCUUUAAUUUGCUUAUCACUUUUCAAACCUCCUAAAUAUUUCCUCCGUUUUCAAUCAAAUCAAUUUCUCUCAAUACACAAAAUCCCAGUAAAUCUUUCUCCCUCUCAAAUUCAAAAUUUCCUUCAAAAAUCAACUCUGGAAUUCCACCCCAAAUUUACCUUAAUCUCUGGAAAUCAUGCCAGAGAUUCACAAUGACACUCUUUCUUCCAUUGCCACUUCCCCAACUACCCAACAAAAAACAAUCCUAUUCGACAAAUACGAGCUCGGAAGACUUCUCGGUCGUGGCGGAUUUGCGAAAGUCUACCAUGGCCGUGAUCUCCGCACUGGAAAAAGCGUUGCGGUUAAAUCCGUCAGUAAACAAAAAAUCUUCAUAGGAAAUCUCACAACACAAAUCAAACAAGAAGUUUCAAUCAUGAGAAGACUUCGACACCCUCAUAUAAUACGCCUAUAUGAAGUUCUUGCUACUAAAUCUAAGGUUUAUUUCAUCAUGGAAUUCGCUAAAGGAGGAGAGCUUUUCGCUAAAGUGUCGAAAGGACGAUUUAGUGAAGAUCUUAGUCGCCGGUAUUUUCAUCAAUUGAUUUCUGCAAUUGGGUAUUGUCAUUCUCGUGGUGUUUAUCAUCGCGAUCUGAAACCUGAAAAUCUCUUGUUGGAUGAAAAUUGGGAUUUGAAAAUUACUGAUUUCGGGCUUAGUGCUGUGAAAGAUCAAUCAAAUUCUGAUGAGUUGUUGCAUACUUUAUGCGGAACCCCUGCUUAUGUUGCGCCGGAAAUUCUUGCGAAAAAAGGGUAUGAUGGUGCGAAAGUUGAUAUUUGGUCUUGUGGGAUUAUCUUAUUCGUUCUUACCGCUGGAUAUUUGCCGUUUAAUGAUACGAAUUUGAUGAAUUUGUAUAGGAAGAUUUACAGGGGAGAUUUUCGGUGUCCGAAAUUCAUGUCACCUGAAUUGAAAAAAUUGUUAUCUCGUCUUCUCGAUACAAACCCAGAUACUAGAAUCUCAAUCGAUGAAAUAAUUGAUGAUCCUUGGUUUAAAAUGGGUGAUGAAAAGAUUGAAUUUCAAUCGUUUCAUUCAGAUAAUUAUGAUUACUAUCAUCAUGAUGAAAAAGAUUCCGAGUUCGAUGAUGAGGAAGAUCAAGGGGAUGAAAAUUCAGAUUCAAAUUCGAAUUCGGGUUCGGGUUCGGGUUCGAGAUUUUUGAAUGCAUUUGAUUUGAUAUCAUUUUCUCCUGGGUUUAAUUUAUCUGGGUUGUUUAUGAAAGGGGAGGAAGAGAAAAAGGAGAAUUGUUGGGAGACUUUUGUAUCAAAAAUGGCGGCGGAGACGGUGGUGGAAAGAUUAGAGACGGAGGCGCGUGAGAUUGAGGAUGUUGUGGUUGAGAGAUUGGCGCGUGGGAAUGGUGUGAAAAUCGAAGGGCAAAAUGGGGAUUUCGGUGUGGUGGUGGAAGUUCAUAGAUUAACGGAGGAGUUUGUGGUGGUUCAAGUUAGGAAGAGAGAGAAAGAUGUGGGCCCUAGUCAUGAGUUUUGGAAACAGAAGUUACGGCCCAAGAUUUCUAGUCUUAUUUAUUUUUGAAUCAUUCUCAUUACCUAUCUGAUAGACCGGUUUAAUAUUGAACCCGCGGACCGGAUGUGCAGUUUAUUUUAAUUAAAGAAAACGAACCAAUGAGGUCUUUGUUAAGAUAAAUAUUAAGACUGAGGUUCAUAAUUAUUUAUUACUAUUUAGUUUUUUUCUCUUAAUUUGUAUAUAUUGGUUAAUUUGUUCACUUUAAUUAUUGAAAGGGCAGAAAUUAAAAAAUUAAAAUUCAAGAACUAAGUUUAAUUCUUGGGUUAUAGUGUGACUAUCUUUAGCUAUAUUUUUGUGUUAAAAUAUGAUUAUAUAAAAAAGAAAAUUGCAAAAAUUUUGUCAU